AUGUCCAAGUCACGUCUGCCGAUGUAUCUAGGUCUCGCCGCCGCUGGUGCGGGAGGAUACUAUCUAUACUCCGCCGGAGGCGAUCCUAAGAGAGCCACUCGGAAAUUCGAAGAUGAUGCUUCACGCGCAGGAUCGAAGAUUCGAAGCGAGAGCAACAAGGCGCUGGGCGCUGAGCAACUCGGGAAGGAUAUAGAUGAGGCGGCCAAGAAAGCACAGCGAGCGGAUGAAAGAGCCGCUCAUCUUGCCAAGGAAGGUGUCGAUAGGUUCGAAAAGGCCCGUCACGAAGCUGCCAGAGAUGUAAAUGCGAAGAUUGACGCGUUCGACAAGACUGUUGAGCAGAAGGCGGCUGAGGCUAAGAGCGGAGUGUCUUCGUGGUUUGGCAAGAAAUGA